GAAGAAGAAGAAGAAGAAGAAGAAGAAAACGAGGGAAAAUAAGCAGGAAAAGGUAAACAAGGAGGAAAAGGAAGCUUGGAAAAAAACUUGACCAAGUUGAAAAUGAAUAACCUUGACCCCGAAGAUGCCAUAUUCCUGGUUGAUGCGUUCCUGGAUGAGUGCAAGGUGGAUCAGCAUGGACAAACUAAAGGAGGGUCAAAACAAUCCAAAAAUCUGUGUUUGGCCUGAUGAGGACAAAGAUGGUCAACCUCUGCCAAAAAGAUGUAGAGCUGGAGAGAAACGAAAGCGAGAUUCAGCUACUGUUUCUUCAGCAAGCGUUAAAAGCGUGUCCUGUGCUCCAUCUACCAGCACAACUGAAGACACUGUGAUCAUCGAAAAUUUUGACUCUCUCAUUCAAGAUGUCCGAGACCUCUUGGGAAGUGGUGUUGAACAACCUUUCCCCUCAGACUGGAGGAACAGGCAAACUACCUCUCUGGAGAAUUGGACAGUAAUGAGGCCCUUCAUGGUGAACAAUAUGUUGUCAUCUGAGAAGCCCAAGGAGGGGGUUUGCCAUCACUGUGGACACAAUGCUGCAGUAGUGAUGUGUAGGGACUGUUUACCGCGAUCACUCUACUGCUCAGCCUGUGACCUUUCCACACAUGAGGCCCUGGUGCUUCAUAACAGAGCAUCCAUGGUGGAGGGAUUCUUCAGACACCUGCCGCCAUCCACUUUUGUUCAGCAGCACGAGGAAGGGAAAUUCUCCUAUCAUGAAAAAGAUUGCAUGUUACCAAUCGUUCCUCCCUGCUGCGACUGCUCCACUGGGCAAACAAGCUUUUCCAAGGGAAAGCCAGUUAUUUUAAUUGGAAUGAAUGGUACAGCCUCUUCCUUCCAUCAGUAA